AUGGCCUUGGUCGCCUCGCCGCCCGACGCCCGCUCCUGGGCCGCCGAGGCUGUGGCACCCAUCGUCGACGACGCCGCGGUCGCUGCCCAUCUCGCUGAAGCGUUGGAGGUAGCGAACAAGGCGGUCCACGACCUGGAGCUGGCCGAAGGCAGUGAGGCGGCGUUUGCGCUAGUCUUUGACGCCGGCGCCGCGUACAUCCCGCAUCCGGCCAAGGCGUACAAGGGCGGCGAGGACGCUUGGUUUGUGGCGGACGACGGGUCAGCGCUUGGUGUUGCCGACGGGGUCUCGGCAUGGGCCAAUGUGCCCGGCGCCGAUGCCGGCCUCUUCGCCCGCUCGAUAAUGGAGGCGGCCGAGGAGGCGGCCAACGUGCGGAUUGCGCCGGACGGGUUUGCCAAGCCAGCGUCGCGGAUUGUGCUCGAGGCUGCGGCCAGGACGUCCAAGGAACUCAUUGGCUCGGCGACGGUAUGCGUCAUCUCUCUUGUCGGUGACAAGCUGACCUCGGCCAACAUUGGCGACUCGUCGUUCCGUAUUCUGCGGCGGCGGCCGGGCGCGCGAGUGUACUCGAUCGUGCAGUCGGGCGAGACGCGGCAGCACUCGUUCAACUGCCCGGCGACACUGGGCACGGCGUCGUCGGACACGCCGGCCGACGCGGCGGUGGCGUCGACCAAAGUAGCUGAGGGCGAUCUGGUGGUGGUCGCCACUGACGGCGUAUUUGACAAUGUCUUUGACGUCGAGCUAGAGCGGGUCAUCUCUGCGCUCGCCGAGCACGAUCCGCGGCACAUUGCCAACACGCUUGUCGAGCUGGCGUGCGCCAAUGCAACGUCCUCCAAGCCGUCGCCGUGGGCGCGCGACGCCGCACGGCACGGCCGAAUGGCGCGCGGCGGCAAGGUCGACGACACGUGUGCGGUCGUCGCCCGGGUUGUCGUUCCCGAGCCUGACGCAGUCGCUACCCGCAAGGCGACAAUGGUGCUCGACGAGGUUGAGCCGGCGAGCUACAGUGCCAGCGACGUGUCGUGGGGCCCGAUUCCGGGCGCGGCGGCGUCGCCGUGGGGCAUGGCGCGAAUGGGGGCGUCGCCGAGCGACGUCGCCGCCGCCCGCACGCCCGCCAUGCUCGUCACCUCGCCGCCGUCAGCCGAGCCGGAGCGGCCGCCACCGGCCAAGUACUUUGCCGCCCACGAGCAGCUCGGCUUCCAGCGGUCAGUCCCGUCGCUCGCUGUCUCACCACACGAGUUCAGCCCGGCGGCGCCAUCGCUUUCGACCUCACCAUCGCCCGCGAGCUCAAUCUCACCGUCGUACUCGACGUCCCCCGGCCCGAUGUCGUCGUCACCGCCGACCUACUUUAUGCCGCGGCGUGGUGUGUGGCGGUGA